UUUAUGGUGACUUGGGACUGGGACAGUUGUGGGUAGUAAUUGUGCCACGUCUGCUGGGUAGGGGGAGUCUUGAACUUGCAAGAGGCCAGUUGUCUUUAGUUUUCAACUACUUUCUUAACUCUAUGAGGUCGGGGGCCCUUUCUCUGUUUUUGUAGGAACUUUUCUCUGCUCCAGCAGCAUGAGGUUUUUCCUGUGGAACGCAGUCCUUACGCUGUUAGUCACUCCUUUGAGUGGGGCUCUGAUCCCUGAACCAGAAGUGAAGAUUGAAGUUCUCCAGAAGCCGUUCAUCUGCCAUCGCAAGACCAAAGGAGGGGAUUUGAUGUUGGUUCACUAUGAAGGAUACUUAGAAAAGGAUGGCUCCUUAUUUCACUCCACUCACAAACAUAACAAUGGUCAGCCCAUUUGGUUUACCCUGGGCAUCCUAGAGGCUCUCAAAGGCUGGGACCAGGGCUUGAUGGGAAUGUGUGUAGGAGAGAAGAGAAAGCUCAUCAUUCCUCCUGCCCUAGGCUAUGGAAAAGAAGGAAAAGGUAAAAUUCCACCUGAGAGUACAUUAAUAUUCAACAUUGAUCUCCUGGAGAUUCGAAAUGGACCAAGAUCCCAUGAAUCAUUCCAAGAAAUGGAUCUUAAUGAUGACUGGAAACUCUCUAAAGAUGAGGUUAAAGUGUACUUAAAGAAGGAAUUUGAAAAACAUGGUGCGGUGGUGAAUGAAAGUCAUCAUGAUGUUUUGGUGGAGGAUAUUUUUGAUAAAGAAGAUGAAGACAAAGAUGGAUUUAUAUCUGCUAGAGAGUUUACAUAUAAACAUGAUGAAUUAUAGAGCUCUGUCUGCCCCUUUUAUAUAGUAUCUAUCCAUAAAGAGGGGACAGUCAUCUUACAAGAAAGUCUUACUUUGUAAUUAUGGUCUUGAUUUAUUUUUAUUUUUGUAUUUUUUUCCUGAAUAUUAUUUGAAGAAUUCCAUAGGUUUUCUAAGUACCCAUUUCUUUCUGAUAAGUUAUUGGGAAGAAAACAAUUUGUCUUUGAAUAGAAGACUUCUGGACCAUUUUCUCUUUUUAUAUAUGAAAGUUUGUAUUACUUGCUUACUUGUAACUUAAAAAUAUU